UUCCACCAUUUGUAUAUCUUUUUCGUACUUUAAGGGUUAUAUUACUUUUAAGUCAAAUAUCCUCAUUUUUGUUAUUGCACACAUGCUUCUAGAGGCUUACAUUCGUGCGUAAAAUGUAUGCGUAAUUCUCGUAAUAAGGCCAAUGUGCUUAUGCUCCACGUUUAGGUGUGAUUAUCUCUGGACCAUUUAUUCAAUUUACUGACAGGUGAUUGGGGCCCGUGCACGCCCUCCCCAAAAACCCCGAGACAUUUUCCUCUUUAAUCUAAUUGGAUGAUAAGUGGGUGCGCACUGCUGCGCCCGGAGCCAAAACGCUUGCGCGGCCUUUUUUCUCUGGAGUCUAUUCUCGUCACAGCCCCUCGCGGUUUCAUCUCAAAUCCCAUUUGCUAUUGUACCUGCCCAAUAGCAGAGACCGAGCGUGUUUUAACUCGGAUGGCAUUUUUAUUUCAUCAUUACAAUCCGGCGCAAGUUUGACGCAGUGAUCCCAGCGCGCUCACUGAUCAUCGCCAGGAAGAGCUGGACGCAGAAUCGAGCUUUUUCUUCUGAUUUCUCUCUCUCUUUUUCUUAUUAUUUCAACACAGAUUCUAAAAACCAGAAAAUCUGUUUCAGGUGUUUUUCCCACUUUGAUAAAUUUUGAUGGUGAUCCAUAUCGGGCAGUAAACGGUGAUGGCAGACUCUGAUACGCAAGAGACUCGCCAACCCGCAAAAGACUCACCGUUCUCCAUAAAGAACCUGCUGAAUAUUGAAGACAAACCCACGAAGCCGAAGACCCUACUCGGCUCGUCCAAGGGCGUUUUUGAAGGCAGCUUCUUCUCUCGGUUCGGUGACUUGUCUUUCCCUCGACUUGAGUUUCCCACUCAGAGAAUUGGACUAUCGGCGCAGUAUUUGGAGAGAGCGUCUACCUGGUGGUACCCAUACACGAUUGGGACGCAUUUUAGGACUGGAGGUUCUGAAAAGGUCAACGUGAGGGAAUCAUCCCCGGCACCGGACAGGCGCUCCCCGGAUCUCCAAAAAAGUGACCAAGAUGCCAAAGAGGAAAGCGCCGACGACGACAUCGCGCUGGAUGAGAGUGACGCGGAAGAGCCAAAGAAAGAAAUAGACCAAGAGGACGACUGGAAGAGAAAAACGGACGAGAUGGACUCCGACAAGAAGACCUGUCGAAAGAAGAAGACGCGCACGGUGUUUUCCAGGAGUCAGGUCUUCCAGCUGGAGUCCACUUUCGACAUCAAGCGCUACCUGAGCAGCUCGGAGAGGGCAGGCCUGGCCGCGUCCCUGCACCUGACCGAGACGCAGGUGAAAAUCUGGUUUCAGAACCGAAGGAAUAAGUGGAAAAGGCAGCUGGCCGCGGAGCUGGAGGCGGCCAACCUGAGCCAUGCGGCGGCGCAGAGGAUUGUGCGGGUUCCGAUACUUUACCACGAAAACGGAGCCUCGGAGAGCAACGGGGGCCCCGCAACAAACUCACCGGGCAGCCAGUCCCUGCUGGCGUUUCCCCACCACAUGUACUAUUCCCACCCAGUCCCACUGCUGAGGCCUGUUUAACACUGAUGGUGACAAAACGCGCUGUACAUAUGUUUUUAGCUAAAUAAGAGUGAUUCAUUGAAAAAAUAAAAUUUUGUAUAUUUUGUAGCUUCACAAUGUUAGGUCACAUUAUUAUUAUUAUUAUUAUUAUUAUUAUUAUUAUUAUUAUUAUUAUUAUUAUUAUUAUUAUUAUUAUUAUUAUUAUUAUUAUUAUUAUAUGUAACCAUUUUUUAUUCUGCUGAAAUGUCCUUGAGCAGAGUCCCAUUUACAGCUUCUAUAGGAAGAGAGGAACAAACCAAAAUUACUGUUAUUAUUAUUAAUAUUAUUAUUGUUAUUGGUGAAUCUUAAAAAAAUGGGUGCAUAUAUUUAUUGUAUUCAGUUGGGGGGUAAAGGAGGCUUGUUUUGAACAGGGUUUGCUGUCUAUAUGUAUUUUACAGAGACUUGUGUCAGUGCUUGUAGCUAAAAAUGUGGAAUUUAAUAUUUUGAUAUUUUUGUGCAAUACCGUUGGCUUCACAAUAGGUUACCAGCCUUUGUCACCUAUAGCUCAGUCUGAAAGACAACAAAAUAUCCUUUUUCUCUUUGUAACAGUGAGGACAAUCAUGUGAUCCUUAAAAGAAUUAUCCUGAAAACUGCAGGUAAUACAGGCAACAGUUUUUAUUAUGACGCAGUGUUUGGCAGUUAUUUUAAAGCCAUGAAAGAGCCAAAAAAUAGCCUCUGUUUUUGUGUCUGGUUUUCUUCUGAUAUUGUUAUUGAAAUUCUGUAUAUUCUCUGGUCUUACACUCAGUAAAGAUUUGUUCCAAAAAGAAAUGUAUUUAUCCUUAAUAUAAUUGUGAUGUACAUGCAAAACCAAUGGGUUAUUUAAGUCAUGUUGUAGAUUUUGAAACAUUUGUGAGGAUGAAAUUAUCUUUAAUAUUUUAAACAAGGCAUUAAGUCCCAUUGUGGGUCUGCCAUCAUCCAGAUAAUAAAACAGGGAUCAGAAUUAGAUCCUGAGUUACUCAUGGCCAUCCUUCAUAGACUGAUGACUUGGACAAAAAGGGUACAGUUUAAUUUCAGCAAUAUUUACGA